CUUAAUUUCAUGGUGGAGUUUUCCAUUUAUGAUGGAGCAGGUUUAAAAGACUCUAGACCGCUAUCUUCAGUAAACGAUAUCUCCACUGAGUCUGAGUUUCUAACAAUGGACUGGUCAGAUGGAGAUAAAGCUGUCAUCACGGUUGUUGCAAUAGAUAUUUUUAACAAGACCCUAAAUGACACUCUCACAAUUUAUCGAGACUCCACUCCUCCGAUUAUAGAGAACUUGUGGCUGACACGCGGGGACAGACUGAAUGUCAGUGUACACAGACUUGAGGACUUCACAGAAAUGACAAUUGAAUGGUUGGCUUAUGACUACCACAGUGGCAUCGAUAGCAUCUACUGGAGAUUGUACGAUAAUUUUACCGGAGAAAAUAUUCUUCAUGGCCACGAAGAUUUGUUUGCCCAAGGAUCAUCUAUAGAUAUCACUGAAUGUAUUCAGAAUUAUGGAAACUAUAGCAGAGGACCAAACUGCUACCAAACAAAUCACUGGGGAGCUUAUCAUAGACAUUUUCAAGUAAAACCAGAGGUUAAGAGAGAUGGAGGACUCGUCCAUGGCAAAGAUAACGGCUUACAUGACUCAGACUAUUUUCUUGAAGUAAAUGCAACAAACAAAGCUUUACUAUCUACAGUGUUAACCAAAAAGAUAACAAUUGACAUUUCACCUCCACAUGCGGGAACUGUACAAGACGGAAUCAGAGGAACUAGUGAGGUAGACUUCCAACAAAGUAAGACAUUAAACGUUCACUGGGACGGAUUCUUUGACAAAGAGAGUGGUGUCAUGUUCUACAUGUAUGGCUUCCACACGGAACCAAUUCCUGCAGUAGCUUUUCAAUUGAAUUCAAACAAUCAUAUUGUAAGGGAAACAUAUGCAACAGAAGUAUCUUACACAGUUGCUACUGAGGGGACGUAUUACGUUUGUGUUGUCGCCUACAAUCGAGCUCUGGAACCCUCUAAGCCGAUCUGCUCUGACGGCGUUACAGUGACUACAACGGUACCAAUUGUGUCAGAGGUGGACAUAACCAAUGCUUACGUUAGGGAAAGUUUGGUUACAGACAUAGGGAAAACAAAUUAUUGGGUCAUUAGUAAAAACAGACACAGAAGAUUAAUCACUAAUCCUACAGAUGAAUGUGUGAGAAAAGCUGUGCCAUUGUCUGACAUUGACAUCUUUCCUGUUGAAUAUCACCAAAAUGGUUCUUAUGUUCAAGUAAAUGGCUCAGAUUUCUGCUCCAAUACCUCCUCCAAAGCCGCCAUUUUAAGUAUUGUGUUAUCUAAAUCAUCACAUAUCAUCAUCACUUGGUCUGCCAAUGAAACAAACAUACAUGAUUACGAAGUUGGAUUAGCUACAGAAGCUGGAAGCCCAUCUCCAGAUUUGAUGGCAUUCAGAUCUACGAAUCAGCAUCGCCGUAUUCAUUUGAUGCAUACUAAUAUACCAGAAGGAGAACCUUUUUACUUUGUCAUUAAAACCAUUGGCAAAACAAACACUCAGGGAAUACAGUCUUUAGGACCUUGUUUUGUUGAUACAACACCGCCAGUAUUCUCCCCACCAGUAAAAAUAAGGCAUCAAAAUGGACACUUGGUCGUCACCUGGAAUGCAAGCAGUUUUAUUGAUGCAGAUGAUCCAUUUCCUCUUUCUCUUCAAUACGCUGUUG